AUGGGAAAAUCACAAUCCAAGCUCUCGCAAGAGCAGCUUGCCGAACUCCAGAAGUCGACGCAUUUCGACAAGAGGGAACUCCAGCAAUGGUACAAGGGCUUCCUCAAGGACUGCCCCUCCGGCCUCCUCUCCAAAGAAGAGUUCCAAAAGAUCUACCGCCAAUUCUUCCCCUUCGGCGAUCCAAGUUCCUUUGCAGACUACGUCUUCAACGUCUUCGACAGUGAUAAAUCUGGCACCAUCGACUUUAAGGAGUUCAUCUGCGCCCUGAGCGUUACGAGCCGUGGCAAGAUGGAGGACAAGCUCGAUUGGGCGUUUCAGCUGUACGAUAUUGACGGGGACGGCAAGAUUAGCUAUGACGAGAUGCUGAAGAUUGUUGAGGCGAUAUACAAGAUGGUCGGCUCGAUGGUCAAGCUCCCCGAGGACGAAGACACACCCGAGAAGCGCGUGAGAAAGAUCUUCCGCAUGAUGGAUAAGGACGAGAAUGGCAGUUUAGACAUCCAGGAAUUCAAGGAUGGCAGCAAGCGAGACGAGACUAUUGUUUCUGCACUUUCUCUAUACGAUGGUCUGGUAUGA